AUGGCGUAUACAUUAAGCCCCUCCCCUGCUGGGCCUAUCGGGACCCAGUACUGUGUUUGCAAAGUCGAAUUAUCCGUGUGCGGCCAAAACCUUCUGGACAGGGAUGUGACCUCCAAAUCUGACCCGUUUUGUGUCUUAUUCAUAGAAGUCAAUGACAAAUGGACAGAGAUCGACAGGACAGAGACGGCCGUGAAUAACCUCAACCCAGCCUUCUCCAAGAAGUUCAUCGUCGAUUACCACUUUGAAGAAGUGCAGAAGCUGAAGUUUGCUCUCUUUGACCAGGACAAGUCGAGCAUGCAGCUGUAUGAGCAUGACUUCCUGGGAGAAUUCUCCUGCACCCUGGGCACGAUUGUCUCAAGCAAGAAGAUAACAAGAACGCUACUUCUGGGAAAUGGGAAGCCGGCUGGAAAGGGGAUGAUAACGAUAGCUGCCCAAGAGCUGUCAGAUAACAGAGUGAUCACUCUGAGCAUGGCUGGCAGAAAACUGGAUAAAAAGGACCUGUUUGGAAAGUCCGAUCCAUUUCUAGAGUUUUAUAAACCAGGCGACGAUGGGAAAUGGAUGCUAGUCCACAGAACGGAGGUGAUUAAGUACACGUUGGAUCCCGUGUGGAAGCCGUUCACUGUGCCUUUAGUGUCGCUGUGUGAUGGAGAUAUAGAAAAGCUGAUCAAGGUCAUGUGUUACGAUUACGACAGUGACGGGGGACACGACUUCAUUGGGGAGUUCGAGACCACUGUAGCCAAGAUGUGUGAAGCCCAAGAUACCUUGCCGCUAGAAUUAGAAUGCAUUAACCCCAAAAAACAAAAGAAGAAAAAGAAUUACAAGAACUCCGGCGUCAUCCUUGUGAAAUCCUGCAAAAUAACCAGGGAUUACUCCUUCCUGGACUACAUCCUUGGGGGCUGCCAGUUAAUGUUUACUGUCGGAAUUGAUUUCACAGCAUCCAAUGGGAAUCCGCGGGACCCCUCCUCGUUGCACUAUAUCAAUCCCAUGGGAACAAACGAAUACUUGUCAGCUAUUUGGGCAGUCGGACAGAUCAUUCAGGACUAUGACUCAGACAAAAUGUUUCCUGCUCUGGGAUUUGGUGCCCAGUUACCGCCAGACUGGAAGGUAUCUCAUGAAUUUGCCAUUAACUUCAACCCCACCAACCCAUUCUGUUCUGGAGUGGAAGGCAUUGUCCAAGCAUACUCAGCCUGUCUGCCUCACAUACGCUUCUACGGACCAACCAACUUCUCUCCCAUUGUCAAUCACGUGGCUCGGUUUGCUGCCCAGGCAACGCAGCAGGAGUUUGCAGCACAAUACUUCAUCCUCCUGAUCAUCACGGACGGCGUCAUCAGCGACAUGGACGAGACGAGACACGCCGUGGUGCAGGCCUCCAAGCUGCCCAUGUCCAUCAUCAUCGUGGGGGUGGGCAACGCGGACUUUGCAGCCAUGGAGUUCCUGGAUGGGGAUAACCGCGUGCUCCGGUCGUACACCGGCGAGGAAGCCAUGCGGGACAUUGUGCAGUUUGUUCCCUUCCGCGAGUUCCGCAGUGCACCUAAAGAAACUUUGGCCAAAGCGGUGUUGGCAGAACUCCCCCAGCAAGUCGUUCAGUAUUUCAAGCAUCAAAAUCUGCCUCCCCUCAGCUCGGAGCCAGCGUAG